GUCGUACUCACCCGCCUACCAUAUAAAAAAUGACGGGCGUGUGGGGUUUUAAUCUUCUUUUUUUUCUUGUUUUUUAUUUUAAUGACGAGUAGUUUAACCAAAUUCGACACAGGUCAUGAAGACCUUAUUCAUGAUGUAGCGUAUGAUUUCUAUGGAAAGCGUCUAGUCACCUGCUCCUCCGAUCAACGUUUAAAAGUAUGGGACUUUAUCGAACGCUCCGAUGCCUCCGUAUGGGAAAUGAACGAUGCGUGGAAAGCACACGAUUCCUCCAUCUUGAAAGCCAUUUGGGCUCGACCUGAGUAUGGUCAAGUCAUUGCCAGUUGUUCAUUUGAUCGUCAAGUUAAAAUAUGGGAAGAGCAAACCGUUGAACCGAGAAACAGCCAAAAGCGUUGGGCAGAACGAUUUCGUCUCGUGGAAUCCAGAGGUGCGGUAUUAGAUAUUGCUUUUGCACCCACCCAAAACUCUUUACGAUUAGCUACUUGUUCUUCAGACGGUAUUGUUCGUGUUUAUGAAGCCUUAGAACCUACCAACUUGGCCCAAUGGUCCCAAAUGGAAGAAUUCGAGAUUUCAAGUAUCGCUUAUAACGAUCCUAAAAACCUACAAGGUCUACAAACGCAACAACCUUCACAACCUCUCCUUCAACAACAAGUGCAACAACAAACACAGUAUGGAUUUCAUCAUCAGUCGCAACAAUUAACCCCUCUUCAAAACCAAUUUCAACAACAGCAACAGCUGCAUCAACAACAGCAACAACAACAACAGCUACUGCAACAACAACAACAGCAACAGCAACAGCAACAACAACAACAAAUGCAACAAAUGCAACAACAACAGCAACAACAACAACAACAGUUACCUCCUCAUCCAUUUCAACAACCGAUACAUACGAAUAGCACGAGUUCGAGUGGGAGUUCGAUUGCUAGCCAUGGUGUAUCGACACCGGGUGUAUCUGAUAUUCCUACGAUGACUAGUACAGCAACGGCAGGAUUUGUACAGGGCGUCUCUCCAGGGUCUUCUGCAGGUAUUGGAGGAGUUCAAACAGCUGUAGUGAACAAUAUUCAUCGUCCUAUUGAUGCGGAUAGUGGUUAUUGUAUUGAUUGGUGUCCCAACCGUACACCCACGCCCAUGAUGGUAGUUGGCUUGGGCAAAGAAAUUGGAGCCAGGUAGAUAUUUAAACAUGACGGACAUAAUCGAUGGAUUCCUUCAGAGUUUUUACCUGGUCAUACAAAGGAAGUGCAUGACUUGAGUUGGGCACCUAGUAUGGCUCGAUCGUAUCAAUUGAUUGCGACAGCAUGUAAAGAUGGUGUGGCACACCUACGCAUGUCAACGGUAAAUUAUUUCAUGUGGAAUUAAUUGCUUCCUUUGAAGACCAUCAAGCAGAAGUAUGGCGUGUAGAAUGGAAUAUCACUGGUACCAUUUUAUCUUCUUCAGGAGAUGAUGGAAAAUUACGUUUAUGGACUGCUGGUUAUGAUGGAAAAUGGAGACAAAUGGCUUCUAUUACUGCCAAUGCUCAAAUUCCUUCAUAAGAAAAAAAAAAAAGUUUUUUUUUUUUUUUUUUUGUU